AUGAUGCCGUUGAAAGAUGCACCACAAACUUAUUCUGUUUUUUUAUCAAAAAAAAGAAUAUUGGACAAUAGAAUUAUAGAGCUUUCUCGGCUUCCAAAUGGUAUAGAAAAAGACCAAUUGAUAGAAGAAAUUGGUCGUCAAAUUCAAGAUUUAAAUGACACAAUAGCAAAGUCUUCUUCACUGCUUACAAGCUAUGACAAUCGUAUACUGAAGGAGCAAUUGGACAAAUUAUAUAUAUCUUAUCUGUCAAUGAAAAAAAAUGCACGACCUAAGCUGCAUUUUGGGUUUAAAACAUGUUCUGGGAUAGAUUAUGAUCAAAAAGAGACCGAUAAACAGAGUACUAUAGAGCCAAUCUCUAUGUUCUUAGAUAACUCGGUUUUGACACAGUCUGAAACACAUUUUUUACAUAUAAAAGAAAAGAUUCAUUUAUAUAAAGGAUGCCAGAAUAAUAGUGUUAAUAUAUCGAAUGCGUUAUUGUGUGUAUAUUUAGUACAUGAAUUAGAAUGGCAUAGUUUAAAUGUUUGUCAUUUUAGGAAUAGUUUUGUUUUGGCAAAUGGUAUUUAUGGGCCUGCAUGUAUUUCUGAUUGUCAAAACUGUACUUUUAUUGUUUUUUGUCAUCAACUUCGAAUGCAUGAUUGUAAAAAUGUAGAUGUGUUAAUAUCUUGCAAAUCAAAGCCAAUAAUAGAAAACUGUACUGGAAUUAGAUUUGGACCUAAUCCGUAUGACAAAGAUUCUUAUGAAACAUGGAAUGAAGUUCAAGAUUUCGGAUGGCUAAAACAAAGUAAAAGCCCAAAUUGGGAUAUUAUUCCAGAAGAGGAUCGUUGGGAAGCUAGUAAAUGGGAAAAUAUAAUUCAUGACAAAGAAGUAUCUGACAUCAUCAAUCUUAUUUGUCGAAAAUAA